AUGUUUGGUGCCAACGGUAUCGAGCUCUGUCGUUUAAUAGAAGAAGAACUUCAUUUGAGGCAACGCGAAAUAGACACGGGAAUCGUGAGGCCAAAGCAGGAAAUAUCACAUAUGCUGCCAGAGGAAGCUGAAAGUGAGUGUGGACUAAUCCACCACACUAGUUUAAUACGUGUCGAUAGGUCGCCAGAGAAUUUAACAGGCUGUGCCCAAGGUGGUGAAGUUGACCUGGAUCUCGGAAGAUGUAAAUUGCUUGCAUCAAAUUCAGGCCCGGGUAUAGAAGGGGGGCGACGAAUGGGAGAACUUUCCCCGGGUGCAAAACUGGAACAGAAUUUGAGAUUAGAGGAAGAGUACCGUGAGCAGACGGAGCGCCUGCGCGUACUUACACUAGCAGCGCGCAAGCGGCGGGUCAACGACCGGAUGUCGCGAAAUCUAAAUACGCUCAACUUCAUACUGUUCUGGCCUCACUGUCACAAGGCACACUACGAUCUCUACGAAAAGUGGGAUAUGAUCAAUGUCUCCGUGGCGGCUAAAGAAAUACUACAAAUUACCGAGGAAGGAGCUAAAGAAGCCUUGUACAUGAGCGAUGUAGACCCCAACGAGGCUUGCCUCCACGCGCUGCUCAAUGGAGAAGCCCUUGUGGUUUUAUUCAAGAUGUCGGAAUCCGAUACUAGGAACUUUGUCAAACUGAUGCGCUACGCCCUUUAUGAAGAGAUCCCAGUUCCAAAGGAAGAUGUCCCUCCAGAGAAGCAAUUGCCACCUAUACCGGCGUACGAACGGUAUGCAACCAUCAGCAAGACUGCGAGGGAGGUCCGACGUGAACGCUACGAGGCCAGAAUGCAGAAACUAAGAGAAGAAAGAGAGGAAAGAGAACGCCUAGCUGCUGAGCAGGCUCGCAUAGCUCGAGAGCAAGAAGAAGAAAGAUUGAGACUAGAAAAACAACGACAAGAUGAGGAGCGUAUGGCUAGAAUACAAGCAGGCAAAAUACAAAAAAGGAGUGUUUAUAAUUUUAACACAAGAAAUAAAAAUAAACUUGCCAUUCCAAACUUCAAACUUCAAAAAACCAGAGGAUCAUUUCUGGGUAAAUGCAUUGCUAUGUUCAAUAAAGUUCCACAAAAUGUAAUUGACCUACCCGUAAACAAAUUAAAAAUUCAUGUAAAGAACAUACUUAUGGGCGUCCUCACAGAGUGUGGUCGACCACUCCUUUGGCGAUCAGAGAACUUGUCUCUUUGUAUCGCUGUAUUGUCUAAUAAACGAAGUUACGGCUUACAGGAAAACUUUUCAGCUCGCGGAACAUCUGCAUCGCUGCCUGCAGAGCCGGAACCGCAAGAAACAGGAGAGGAAAUAGAAGGGGAAGAAACUGAGAGAGAGACAGAAGUCACAGAUGAACCAGAUGAGCUCGAAGAGGAAAAGGUAGAAGAAGAAGAGGUGUUUCACUCUGAUGUGUCAGUGGAAGGAGAGGAGUACAUUCCUCCGGGGGGUUUGUUCGUGCCAGGAUUGUACUCGCCACCCAAUGCACUCGCGAAAGCUAACGGACUGGCGUAUUUUUUUCCUAAGAUAGUACAAGAGCUCGUGCCAAUAGAAUCCGAGUUCUUGCCACCUCACGUGCUAGUGAUGUUCAGCGCGGACAAGCGGCACGACGUCCAGGAGAUCAUAAACCAGUUCCCUGACGAGAUCCUCAAUGCUGGUAUAUUCGUGGGAGACGAUCCAAUGACGGCAGAACACAUCGCUUAUACUAUAAAGCAAUAUGAUAAAAUGGUCAGAUUAAGAAAGCAUCUAGAUCGUGUAGCAGUGAUGGUGUCCCGCAAACGGAGUCUGCCAUUGCUCCAGCUGGCUGGACUGAACCCUUGCUAUAUCAGCAGUGACAACACAUCUGGUGAACGUGAUUGUCUCGCCAUGUUCCCCGUGGGAUACGGCGAUGAUUAUGAAGACGAGGAAAGCGUGAAAGAAGAAGAGAUAUCCGAGGAAGAUAGAGAACCGAAAGCAGCUGAUGAAGAAAACGAAGAUGAAGAAGAUGAUUAG